AGAGGCGGGAACACGGUGAAGCUACAGUGUUGGGCCGGACUCUAGGCAAACUUCAGCGGAGGUGUUGCUCCUUCUUGGCAGGUGAUGGCGCCCCCCGCGGCCUAGAGGUCCAGCGCCCGCGGCGAGCCACAGACAGCCCUUCCGUUGUGUCCCACCGACAGUCCUGGGAACAGUGAAUAUGUUGGUGCCGCUAGCCAAGCUGUCCUGCCCGGCAUAUCAGUGCUUUCAUGCCUUAAAAAUUAAGAAAAGUUAUCUACCUCUGUGUGGUACAAGAUGGUCUUCAACUUCUGUUGUACCUCGAAUUACUACCCACUAUACUAUUUAUCCCCGGGAUAAAGACAAGCGAUGGGAAGGAGUGAACAUGGAGAGGUUUGCGGAAGAAGCAGAUGUAGUUAUCGUUGGCGCAGGCCCCGCAGGACUCUCUGCAGCAGUCCGUCUAAAGCAGCUGGCUACUAAACAUGAAAAGGACAUCCGUGUGUGUCUCGUAGAGAAAGCUGCUCAAAUAGGAGCUCAUACUCUCUCAGGGGCCUGCCUGGAUCCACGUGCUUUUGAAGAAUUAUUCCCAGACUGGAAGGAGAAGGGAGCUCCACUUAACACUCCCGUAACAGAAGACAGAUUUGGAAUUUUAACGGAGAAAUACAGAAUUCCAGUGCCAAUUCUUCCAGGUCUUCCAAUGAAUAAUCAUGGCAAUUACAUUGUCCGCUUGGGACAUUUAGUAAGCUGGAUGGGAGAACAAGCAGAAGCCCUUGGUGUUGAAGUAUACCCUGGUUAUGCUGCUGCUGAGGUCCUUUUUCAUGAAGAUGGUAGUGUAAAGGGGAUUGCCACUAACGAUGUAGGGAUACAAAAGGAUGGUGCCCCAAAGACAACAUUUGAGCGAGGACUAGAAUUACAUGCCAAAGUUACAAUUUUUGCAGAGGGUUGCCAUGGACAUCUAGCCAAGCAACUAUAUAAGAAGUUUGAUUUGAGAGCCAACUGUGAUCCCCAAACCUAUGGAAUUGGACUCAAGGAGUUAUGGAUUAUUGAUGAAAAGAAGUGGAAACCUGGAAGAGUAGAUCACACUGUUGGUUGGCCCUUGGACAGACAUACUUAUGGAGGCUCUUUCCUCUACCAUUUAAAUGAAGGUGAACCUCUGGUAGCUCUUGGUUUUGUGGUUGGUCUAGACUACCAGAAUCCGUAUCUGAGCCCGUUUAGAGAGUUCCAGAGGUGGAAACACCAUCCCAGCAUUCGGCCGACAUUGGAAGGUGGAAAAAGAAUUGCAUAUGGAGCCAGAGCUCUGAAUGAAGGUGGCUUUCAGUCUAUACCAAAGCUCACCUUUCCUGGUGGUUUACUAAUUGGUUGUAGCCCUGGUUUCAUGAAUGUUCCCAAGAUCAAAGGUUCCCACACAGCAAUGAAAAGUGGAAUUUUGGCAGCAGAAUCUAUUUUUAAUCAACUAACUGGUGAAAAUCUCCAAUCAAAGACAAUAGGACUCCAUGUAACUGAGUAUGAGGACAAUUUGAAGAAAUCAUGGGUGUGGAAAGAGCUAUAUUCUGUUAGAAAUAUAAGACCAUCCUGCCAUGGAAUACUGGGUGUAUAUGGAGGGAUGAUUUACACUGGAAUCUUUUACUGGAUACUUAGAGGAAUGGAGCCAUGGACUCUAAAACAUAAAGGUUCUGACUCUGAUCAGCUCAAGCCAGCCAAGGACUGCACACCUAUUGAGUAUCCAAAACCUGAUGGACAGAUCAGCUUUGACCUUUUGUCAUCUGUGGCCCUAAGUGGUACUAAUCAUGAACAUGACCAGCCAGCACAUUUAACCUUAAAGGAUGACAGUAUUCCUGUAAACAGAAAUCUGUCAAUAUAUGAUGGACCAGAACAGCGAUUUUGCCCUGCAGGAGUUUAUGAAUUUGUACCUUUGGAACAAGGUGAUGGAUUUCGGUUACAGAUAAAUGCUCAGAAUUGUGUGCAUUGUAAAACAUGUGAUAUUAAAGAUCCAAGUCAGAAUAUUAACUGGGUGGUACCUGAAGGCGGUGGAGGACCUGCUUACAAUGGAAUGUAAACUGCAACUGAUUUCAUUUGCAGGCACUUGUGAGAGUUUCUUUAAAAUGUAUGGCAAGCUAACUAAACAUUUAGAAGUCAACAGGUUGUCAAACUAUCUUACCACAUAUUACUGAUCAGAAUGUUCAUAAAAUUAUCAACGAAAUAAAAAUUUUAUACUUACACCUAAAA